CUUUUCAGACGCGCCAAGUUUUGAAAUGAAAAUGUUGACAAAUAAAAUUUAACGGCAACAUGUUUUUGGUAAAUUGAUAGCCUACUUGUUGAGGAAGAAUGCAAAAUAGAGAAGACACAGUAGAAAUGUCAGAUGUAGAAAGUCACAUCUCCAUGGUCAGUCUCAAUGGUGAAGAAUGGCAUGAACAGGAGCCAUCCAGUAAGCGUGAAAGACGGGCGUCUCUUGCAGCGUCGUUGACAAGGCUCAUCAUAAAAGGGGGCAAUGCACCCCUUAAGAAGGCUUCAGGUCUCUCCUUCAAAGAGCUAGGCAAUUUUGACAAACAUGAUUCACUGGAGGACAUGUAUUUAGAAGAAAAGCUGAGCUCCAAGAGAAAACACAUGACCCAGAAUGUGAAUGUGAGGGCCACCAUGGGCUACUGGAAGCUGUUUUGUCACGACCUCAAGGUAUGGCACAGACGUUGGAAGUUAAAACAGAAAGAGUCAGAACUGUUUGACAAAUACAUAAAGAAUAUGGAAAGUAACUUUGGAUCAGCUAUUGGUUCACUGUUUGUGUUCAUACGCUGGGUGGUGCUUCUGAACUUCUUCCUGUCUCUGCUAUGGCUGGGAUUUGUGGUUCUCCCCAUGGCUGUCUAUUUCCCAUACCAGGAUAUUCAGCAACGCUUUGCCUUUAGAAAUUUGUUGGAUGGAAAGGGUGUUCUAGAGAAAUUGUGGUUGUUCUUCGGCUCCUUCAAGGAUAAAGUGUCCAGCUACCACCUUGGGCUGGUCUACCUGCUCACCUGUCUCGUUACAUACUUUGGGAGCUUCUUUGUUAUACUGGGAAGUGUUGGCCAGUCUCAGAAAGGCAAAUCAGCCAACAAGAGGUAUCAGUUUUGUUUGCUGCUCUGGUCAUCUUGGGACCACACUAUCACGUCUCGGGAGGCCUCUGUGAACUUGUCAAAAGGAAUCACCAGUGCUUUAAAGGACAAUCUGUACGAGGUUAAGGCUUCUCUGACAGUGAAAGAGAGGAGCAGAAAGGAAAAGUUGACUGUCUACUUCAAACGAACACUGGCUUGGCUCAUCACCAUAAUCCUGAUUGGCGGGGGAUGCUCUGCUAUUGUGUACCUUGUGAUCUUUUUUAGUUUUGAUGACAUUGCGUCACAAACAAGCACAGGAUCGAAGACAGACUUCCUCCAUGUCUAUGGCACCACCAUCAUCUUUAGUCUGAUCAACUCCCUGGUCCCUGUUUGCAUACAACAACUGCCCAAGAUGGAAAACUACACGACCGGCAAGCAGGAGCUCAACGUGACCUUGUUCCGAGUAUUCUUCUUGCGUAUGGCCAACCUGUUUGCUCUCAUUGCAUCACUCUUCAAAACUGUCACAAAGUCAGAGAGUGGCUGUGCUGGGACAAUACUGGGCCAGGAAAUGUACAAACUGGUCAUUCUGGAUACACUUUUACAUUCCAUCAUGCAGCUAAUCAUUCAGUUCAGCACGUUCUUCUGGACCAAGCAGAAGUCUGAGUUCAACAUCUCCUCAGCGGUACUGGUUCUCGUCUAUAGACAGGCUCUAGUCUGGGUAGGCACUAUAGCAUGUCCUAUAAUGCCAGUGGUGGGCCUUUUGUCCAGCCUAGUGUUCAUGUAUGUCAACUACCUGAUAGUGUCACGCACCUGUCGGCCCCCAAUCAAGAGAUGGAAUCAGUCCAGAAACACAGCCUUUUUUUCCAUGCUCCUCCUUGGAAGUCUCAUCAUGCUUAUCCCUCCUGUGUCCAUCAUCAUAGGAAGUUCUGAAGUGAUCAACCUGGGUCUCACUAGCCGUACAGGCAACUAUUGUGGGCCGUGGCUCGGGGAGAAGCCCACUAAGACCUACACGAGAUUCCGUGCAGAACAAGCCCAGUGGGUCCAGGCAGUGCUGUACUAUCUAGUGUCCGAACCUGUACUUAUACCUCUCUUUAUGAUCUUCGUGUCAUUAUUGUUCCAUUCAAAGCGCAGACUAAGCUCACUGAAACAACAGAACAUUGUCCUUCAAGCAAAUCUGCAGCAGGAACGUGACGAGAAUGAGAAGCUUCUGAAGAAAUUACAGAGCAUGGGUGUUGGUGUGGAACGGUUAUAGCAGUGGACAUUGCGAUCUAGUGCUGUGUGUUGGGGUGGAACGGUUUUAGCAGUGUCAGUGUACAUUCAGCUCUGAUGUGGUAUGUUGGGAUGGAACGGUUUAGCAGUGUACAUUCAGCUCUAGUGUCGUGUGUUGGGGUGAAACAGGUUUAGCAGUUUACAUUCAGUUCUAGCGUCGUGCGUUGGGGUGGAACUGUUUAGCAGUGUACAUUAAGCUUUUGUAUCGUGUUAUGGGGUGGAACAGGUUAAUCAGUGAACAUUCAGCUCUAGUGUCAUGUGUAUGGUUAGAACGGUUUAGCAGUGUACAUUCAGCUCUAGCGUCGUGCGUUGGGGUGGAACAGGUAAAUCAGUGGACAUUCAGCUCUAGUGUCGUGUGUUUGGUUGGAACAGGUUUAGCAGUGUUCAUUCAGCUCUAGCGUCGUGCAUUGGGGUGAAACAUGUUAAUCAGUGUGCAUUCAGCUCUAGUGUCGUGUGUUGGGGUGAAACGGUUUAGCAGUAGACAUUUAGCUCUAGUGUCGUGUGUUGGGAUGGAACACGUUUAGCAAUGUACAUUCAGCGUUGUUGUCGUGUGUUGGGGUGGAACAGGUUUAGCAAUGUACAUUCAGCUCUAGUGUGGCGUGUUUGGGUUGAACAGGUUUAGCAGUGAACAUUCAGCUCUAGUGUCGUGUAUUGGGGUGGGGCAGUUUUAGCAGUGAACACUCAGCUCUAGUGUUGGAGCGGAACAGGUAUAGCAGUGUACAUUCAGCUUAAGUAUCGUGUGUUGGGGUGGAACAGUUUUAGCAGUGUACACUCAGCUCUAGUGUCAUGUGUUCGGGUGGAACAGCUUUAGUAGCGUACACUGAGCUCUAGUGUUGGAGCGGAACAGGUUUAGCAGUGUACAUUCAGCUAUAGUAUCGUGUGUUGGGGUGGAACAGGUUUAGCAGUGUUCACUCAGCUCUAGUGUUGUGUGUUGGGGUGAAACAGGUUUAGCAGUGUACAUUUAGCUCUAUUGUCAUGUGUUGGGAUGGAACGGUUUAGUAGUGUACAUUCAGCUUUAGUAUUCUGUGUUGGGGUGUAACAGGUUUAGCAGUGUACACUCAGCUCUAGUGUCGUGUAUUGGGAUGGAACCGUUUUGGCAGUGUACAUUCAGCUCUAGUAUCGUGUGUUAGAGUGGGACGGUUUAGCAGUGUGCAUUCAGCUCUAGUAUCGUUUGUUGGGAUGGAACGGUGUAGCAGUGUACAUUUAGUUCUAGUGUUGUGUGUUAGGGUGGAACAGGUUUGGCAGUGUACACUCUGCUCUAGUAUCGUGUGUUCGGGUUGAACAGGUUUAGCAGUGUGCAUUCAGCUCUAGUAACGUGUGUUGGGAUGGAACGGUGUAGCAGUGUACAUUUAGUUCUAGUGUUGUGUGUUAGGGUGGAACAUGUUUAGCAGUUUGCACUCAGCUCUAGUGCCCUGUGUUAGUUAGGAACAGGUUUAGCAGUGUACACUCAGCUCCAGUGUUGUGUGUUGGGAUGGAACAGUUUUAGCAGUGGGCAUUCAGCUCCGAUAUGGUAUGGUUUGGGUGGAACAGGUUUAGCAGUGUACAUAUAGUUCUAGUGUUGUGUGUUAGGGUGGAACAGGUUUAGCAGUGUACAUUCAGCUCUAGUGUCAUGUGUUAGGUUGGAACAGGUUUAGCAGUGUAAAUUCAGCUCUAGUGUCGUGUGUUUGGGUGGAACAGGUUUAGCAGUGUACAUUCAGCUCUAGUGUCAUGUGUUAGGGUGGAACAGGUUUAGCAUUGUAAAUUCAGCUCUAGUGUCGUGUGUUGGGGUGGAACCGUUUUUAGCAGAGUACACUCAGCUCUAGUGGGGUGUGUCAGAGCUGUUGCGUCAUGCGUUCAAUGUAUACCAUUUUGAAGUAUACUACAUGCAGUAGUUAUUAAAACUGAUAACAAGUCAGCAUAUAUUAUCAUCUACAACAUGUAAGGGGAACUAAUGAAUAUUAAUACCAGAAUUUGGUUUUAGAUUGUGUAUAGAAUACCUACAUGUUUAACAUUUUAAUAUGUUCUAAAAGAAUCUAGCAUUUUAUGUUUCAUUCUAAUUAAACAUUCGAAUUAAA